CGUGAACGUCAAUUUUUUUUAACGAUGAAAUUCCCAGCGUAUAUAUGAUUUUAGGACCAAACAUUUAUAAUGUAUAGACUGUUUAAGUUAAAUAGUGUUUCAUUGAGGGCUUAUCAAAACUUGUCCCUCGGUACUUUAAGCGAAAAUGAAAUUAGGGUUACCGAAAGAACGUGCCAGUUAUGCAAACAAUUAAACAAUUUUCAUAAUGUAAUAAUAAGGAAGCAAUCAACAAUAAUAAAUCCCAGUGUAACUAAAAAACUUAAAGUGAGGAAGCGAAACUUAAAAAAGUACGCCGAAUUAUUAGUCGUUGAUCAACAUACUCAAGUAGAACAAAAAGCUAAAGUUAAAAGACUUUCAUCAGAUGAUUUAAAAAUAUUGGCCAACUCCAGUCUAAGUUUAAAUGAACUGUAUAAAUUAAAAGAAGUAGCUAAAGAAGUAAAAAUAAUUGCUGAAGAACACACCUAUAAUAAUUUAGUUGAUAUUAAUGAUGUUUUGUUAAAUAAUCCCAUUGUUAAUAAUUUAGCACAGUCAAACACAACAAAUGUUCCAGAAAAUGAUUCUUUAGUAAAAGAUGAACUAUUAAAUCAACAAGUUCCAGUAUUUAAAGAACCCAUUGAAAGUCAAAUUAUUGAGGAAAAUGAAUUAGAACUUGGAAGUGUACCAAUUACACCAUUUCAUCCAGAAUCUGAAUGCAUCCAAGAAGUCGCAGAGACACCAGAAGAUCCUAAGGAUGUCACGAUUAAAGAAAAAGUCGUUCGAGCCAAAAUGGACAAGAAAUAUUCGGAAAAAAUAGCAAACAAAACGUUGGCUGCGUACAUGGAACUGUGCAACCACUUGAAAGCACCGACCCGCGGUUUUCAGGCCCUGAACUACCACCGACACAGAGCAAAGAAACAACAGGUCCCGCCUAUAACAAGUGUCAACGUUUACAAUGCUCUGCUCAAGGGCUUCGCCACCAAAGGUAAUUGGGAAAAGGUUAAAGAGAUAGUCGAGAUCAUGGAGCAGGAGGGGAUCGCCACGAAUCUGCAAAGUUAUGUAGCUAUAUUCGAAUGCCUCGGUCGACGAAACAUCGACAAUUACUUGACACGCGAGAUACGUAUCUUCGGCAAAGAAGCGAUCAACAAGGGCUUUACCUUUGAUCGCAUCAUGAAUGAGGGUAGCUUCCUUUGCGACGAAAGAGCUAUGGUACUGAAAGCUAUGCUAGCUUUCGAUCCCUCCUAUCAGACGAAGAUUGAUGUUCCAAAUCUCCAAUACAACAACCAUCUUUUGAAUCAACUAAAUCAUGAAUCUCAACUGGAUCAUCAACGCGAAUUGUACGAACCGAACACCAACGGAUUAUUUACACCCAGCGACAUGAAGAGGAGGAUCGCAGAACAACUAGACUUUGAAAUUAAUGGUUACAUAACUAUUAAGAGCAUUGAAGCUAAGCCUGAUCCAACUGAAGAUGUAAUAAAACACAGAGAAGUAUUGCAAGAACAUUACAACAUGUGGGAAGAGUCUGCUAAAAAGGCGUUCCUCAGAGAUUUGGCAAGUUUGGUGGCUCAAAAAGGACACAUCAACUAUGAACUGUACCUAAAAUGUAUACCAACAGCUGAUUAUGUUUCAAUUAUACUAGAUGAAGCUAAGAGGAUGGCUCAGGGCUCAGAAACAUACAGUCCCACUGUGAAUAUGCUCUACAGAGACUUGGGACAAAAAGUUUAUGCGAGGUAUAAGGUGUUGAAGAAGUGGAAAACUGGAGUGUUGGAUAAAAUUUCUAAAAUUCACAACAGAUAUUGUUCGGAAUAUGCAGCAACACACGACCAAUUAGGCGUUUUACCUGAAGAAGAGGUGCUGAUUAACCCAAGACAAACCUGGCAAUGGGCGGAACAUAAAGUCAGCGAUACUGGCGCAACUUUGUCUAUGGAUCAUCAGGAAUGGGUGCCUACAGUUUUGCAAACCAUUGGAAAAUUUCUUUACCACAUUAUAAUGCACGAUCUUAAAGUGGACGUCCAUGCGAUGAGGCUAACUAGCAAAUCCAAAAAUAAGAAUUAUGUGCCAGCGUUUUAUACAAUUUACCGUACACAAGGAAGAUUGGUAAAAGAAGAAGUGAAACCACAUCCGAUUUUAUCGAAAUUGUACAGAGCUUCAAUGCCGGAAACGUUGACAUUCCCGGCGUAUGAAGUACCAAUGAAAUGUCCACCAAUUCCCUGGAUAUCCAUCGAAACUGGCGGUUAUCUAGUCUCACCCUGUGAUGUUGUCAGGUUAAUUCCAAAUGCUAUCGCUCAAAAAGACAGAUUAGCUAACGCUCCUCCCGAACAGUUGUACCCGAGUCUCGACGCUUUGAAUCAAUUGGCAGCCGUUCCAUGGAAAGUCAACACGAAGAUUUUAGAUAUCAUCCUAACCGUCUUUAAUAAUGGUGGCUCAGCAAAACUGGACGUGCCAGAACCUCCAUCGUCGUUGCCUCCAGCGCCACAAUACACGUCGGACAUGGACAAGCAGCAAAAGUACCAACUGUUCAGACAGAAGCUGCAACUGAGAAGAAAGAAGGCUGAAAUGUAUUCUUUAUGGUGUGAUUGUUUAUAUAGGCUGUCUUUAGCCAACCAUUUUAGGGAUGAUAUAUUCUGGUUGCCACACAACAUGGACUUUAGAGGCAGGGUUUAUCCUGUGCCUCCACAUCUGAAUCAUCUCGGUUCUGAUUUGGCCCGAUCCAUGUUGAUUUUUGCCGAGUCUAGACCUUUGGGACCGGACGGACUGGACUGGCUAAAGUUGCACCUCAUAAAUUUGACUGGAUUGAAGAAAAAGGAUCCCGUCAGCGAAAGACUGAAAUUCGCAAACGAAAACAUUGAUUUGAUUUUGGACUCCGCCGACUACCCGCUGGAAGGGAAACAGUGGUGGGCCGAAUCGGAUGAACCGUGGCAAACCCUCGCGUGUUGCAUGGAAAUAGCAAACGCAGUGCGUUCCGGCGACCCGGAGAAUUACCGUACAUGUUUCCCCGUGCACCAAGACGGCAGCUGUAACGGUUUGCAGCAUUAUGCUGCCCUAGGUAGAGAUGCUGCGGGCGCAUACAGCGUCAAUCUUGCGCCCAGUGACGUGCCGCAGGAUGUUUACAAUGCGGUCGUCCAACUGGUCGAGGAACAACGAAAGAAGGAUGCUGAAAAUGGGGUUGAGAUCGCAAAGAAGUUGGAGGGAUUCGUGAAACGAAAAGUGAUAAAACAGACUGUGAUGACGACCGUUUACGGCGUGACUAGGUUCGGUGCUCGACUACAAAUCGCAAAACAACUCAAGGACAUAGAUGAUUUCCCUAAAGAUGCAGUGUGGCCAGCAUCCACUUAUUUAACUGGGAGGACAUUUGAUUCGUUGAGGACGAUGUUUACGUCGACUAAGGAAAUUCAAGACUGGUUUACAGAGUGUGCUAGAAUGAUUUCGGGUGUUUGUGGGAAAAAUGUUGAAUGGGUAACGCCUUUGGGUUUGCCAAUUGUACAACCUUAUAUCCGAUACAGAAAAUUAAGCAUGAAUAUAUAUGAAUCUUUUACAAUGGACAGUUUUGAGAAACCAAAUGUAAUGAAGCAGAAGAAUGCUUUCCCUCCAAAUUUUAUCCAUUCUUUAGAUUCUAGUCAUAUGAUGCUCACAUCCUUGCACUGUGAAAGAAAAGGACUUACAUUUGUGUCAGUUCACGACUGUUACUGGACGCAUCCCUCUACAGUACAUAUAAUGAACAAGAUUUGUAGGGAACAGUUUGUUGCGCUACAUUCAGAACCUAUUUUGGAAAACUUAUCUGCUUUCUUGACGGAUAAUUACAGCUACGACUUAUGUGAUUUCGCGGAAGACGGAUCAAUUACAGAUUUAACAAAGAAAAAAUUAAACAAAAUUCUGAGGCAGUUACCAAAGACCGGUGAUUUUGACAUUAAGAAUGUGUUAAAAUCGAUUUAUUUCUUUAGUUGAGAACUUUCGAUAUCUAAUUUGUUGUAAAUAUGUAAAUUUCUUUAUUAAUACAUUUUUAUUGUUUUUAAA